AUGCCAGGCGGCGAGGACCCGAGUCGACAGGUCGACUAUACCCAGAUCCGUCUUCGAGUCCGCAUUCCGCGAUACGACAACAACCUUCACCAUCGACGCGAAGCCGCUCGCUUCAUCGAGCUGGGCUACCGCGUGACAUACGACUACGGUCGUGACGUUCAUAUUGCCACUCAUACUGAUGGUACUCGUCGUCUCGAGAGUGGCUCAGAUCUACUCGCGGACUACAACGAGCGUCUUCACCAGGCUGCCGAAGCAGGCGCGCGGGCAAACAUACAGGCUCGCCGGCCGGAGCGUGAGCUCAGUGAUUACGAGGCGGUGCGCAAGCAUCCCAAAGAUUGCGGGCUCCUGAAUUGCGAUCAUCCGGUCCACUCCGGCGGUGACGAGUAUGGUCGCCUCGUAUUCGAGAAGGUGCAGGCCGACCCCAAGUCGACCAAAGACGACUUGAAACGCAAGAAGAGGGACGGCAAGGACGGUGAGGGAGGUGCUGGCGGGCAAGCGGUCUAG